AUGAGUACAAAUUCAAUUCCAUAUAGUUAUCGAAAUGCCAAUCCAUUACUUUAUACAUUUCGUGAUUAUCACACAGGAAUUCAACCGUAUUUUAUCUUACCAAUUCAAUUCUUAUUCUUCGAAUUUUCCUUACGUUUUUGGGACAAAGCAGUUUAUGACACUUGGUUAGCUCCAAGUGAAUUUUUUCAAAUUGAAAGAGAUGAAGAACCUCAAUCAACAGAACCAGAACUUCCAAAAUUACGAACGAUUCGUCAUCGACCACAAACUAAUUCUUUUCUGAGCACAGUUUUCUUCGUUCAACCAUUUAAAAAACUUUCUGUGAAAACGAAAAAACACAAAACAAUUCCAGUUUUGGAUUUAUAUGAUCUUCUCUUCUAUGUUCUUCCUUUACUUGCUCAUACAAUUUGGUAUUGUUAUAUUCAAUCGAAUUGUAUGUCGGGUGAAUUUGCAACAACAUGGGAUUGUUACAAUUUGUUUGGUUAUCGAAUUUAUAAUUAUUUAUUCAGUCCUUUUAUAAAUUUUAGUUUAACAUUUUUUUCGAAAAUCAUUUUAUUAUUCCGAAAACGAAGAGAAGGAAUCGAUGUGUUGGAUCGCAAACAAAAAUGGAGAAGAAUUGGUGUGAAAAUCAUCUUCUUCAUUACUUUGAUCUUUUCAAUCAUCACUCUUCUCUUCGUCGGAGCUUUAGUUCUUCCAUUUUUCUUUACCAAUGCAAUACCAAUGAUUCUUGCUUAUGUUUUUAUGGUUAUGACUUAUGCAUACGUUGUAGUUACAUUAAUUAUGAUCUUUUUAUGUUAUCGAUAUAUUACAAAUUCGAUCUAUCCAAAGAGAAAAGACGAAACGGGUUUUAUGGAAAGACAACUGAAACGAUUGGCGGAUAAUCCACAAAUAAUUCUUCAAGCAGCUUUUCGUUUACUUCCAUAUUUAGUGUCGAUAUUGUUUAAUUUAUCACAGUUUUUGUAUUACGGAUCGGAUUAUUUGGGUGCGAUUUCAUUGGAAGCAGAUAAAAGAGAUCCAAGUGCAUAUUUUGAACGAGUACUCAAUUCACCACAAAUGGCUCAUACAGUGUUGAGUUCAAUUUAA